AUGGUAUCUCCAUCAAAUGGGAGCCGUCGAAUACUCUCGGAGAUCAAUCGAUUGACCAAUGAUCCAGAAGUGAAAUCAUAUUUUCAUUAUGAAAGUUCUGGUUAUGAAAAUAAUGACCCAAGUAACCGAUUCGUUAUAUAUGGAUAUAUAUUACCACGAACUUUUCCAUAUAAGUAUGGUUCAUUCAAAGUAAAAAUUAGACUACCUGAUGCAUUUCCAUUUGAAAUGCCAGAGGUAGUAUUUGUAACACAAAUAUAUCAUCUACAGACUACGCAUUGCGGUGCAGAAUUAUGGGGCCAUUGUUGUGUUAGAUGCGAAAAUUGGAGGCCAACGACGACUGUAUCUGAACUGAUUAAGACUGUCGUAGAUAGAAUCGAUCAAACUGAUGCUGCUGCAGUUUCUAAUCCUAGAAAUUUUGAAGCUCAUUCGCACUACAUGAGGGACAACGAUGACUAUUGGAAGACCGUGAUGAAUAUGAUUGAAAAGCAUGCGUAUCGACGAACAGAUGAACCGGUAAUGUCAUUAAAAUUCAUGGCAAAACGAAUCUUACGUAGACAGAUUGAAUUUGAUUCUGAAAAAAUGAAUCGACUUCCAUUACCCGGAGUUUUGCGACAGUACCUUCAAAUACCAUUCGACCAGAAUUAA